AUGAAGACCUCAUUGUACCGCAAGACUUGCUGUACCGCCAACUCCAUGCUCGUGUCAAGAUGGGCAAAGGGGUUCGCUGAAACCAGUCCAGCCGAGACAGAUUUGCAUGACCAAGCUCGUUGUGGUCCUCCCACCUCUGCCAGUGCUGUUCAACACAAGAAGAGAGUGGAUGAGAUCAUCCAAGCAAACCGGCCGAUCAGAUUGAAGGAGUACCUCAAAGGAAAACCUCAUGCAGAUGACUAUGAAAUUAAAGAAGAUGUUCGUCGCUGGUUCAGAGGAAAACCACAUGAAUUUUUCGCCGACGGCAUGCGACAACUUAUUCGACGUUGGCGGAUCUGCAUCGACGAAGAAGGCAACUAUGUUGAAAAAGUGACCUGCCUGAUGCUGGUGAUGCCCACCCUGUACAAGCUGGGGUCUGCGCCCUUGGUGUUCGCUCUGCGUGUCGUCCACGGUGUGGUGGAUGCCACGGUACAGCCGUCACUGGUCUUCUUGGUCGUAGCCUGGGCCUUCAAGUACGAGCGAUCACGGCUCAUGUCUCUAGCUCUACUGGGCAGUGUUCUUGGUCCGUCGCUGGGAAACGCUGUGUCUGGAAUCACGAUCUGCUUCGUCUCCUGGGACUUUGCUUUCUAUCUGUUUGGAGCUGCUGGACUCACAUGGGCAGCCUUCUGGUGCUUGACGAUAUACAGCCUGCCCAGCGAGUGUCCACACUUGGAAGAGCGUGAGCUAUGUCACUAUGACCCUGACCAGAUCAAAGUCCAGAGCGGAUCUCAUGAGGUCGCUCGUCACAUCCCCUGGAAACGAAUCCUCCUCUCCAAGUCCGUCUGGGCCAUUUGGCUGGGCACUUUCAACAAAUGCUGGGUCAACUCAGUACUGACCACGCUCCAGCCGCAGUUCUUUAACGAUGUAUACGGGCUUCGUGCCGCCGACAUCGGCUUAUUCCUGUCAGCUCAACCACUGUUGAACAGCGUGUUCGUCAUGCUAGGCGCCACCCUCGCUGAUAAACUGAUGUAUGGCAAUAUAUUGUCUGCCACUGGCACCCGGAAAUUGCUACAAGCACUAGGCGGGUACCUCGAGGGUUUUUUCAUGAUUGCAGUAGCAUUUUCCCCGGACUGGAGAUAUAGUUAUGCUUUCUUUCUCUCGGCUUACGCUUUCGGGGGUCUUUCUUUUAACGGGUAUAAAGUGAAUCGCGUAGACUUGUCUUCUCAGUACGCCAACAUCGUGGCUGGUUUGUCGCUGACUGGGUCAUCCGGGGGAGCAGGGAGUACACUCCUAGCGUCCUUGAUAUUAGAAGAUCGGUCGUUUUCAAGUUGGAGAAUCGUGGCCAUCGUUACGGGAGCAUUGUCGUUCGCUUGCAGUACUGCCUACCUGUUCAUGGCGUCAGGGGAGAGACAAGACUGGGACAUGGAACGUCCUCCCAACAAAUCUGCCAAAGACAAGAGCGAAGAUAUAACAACGGAUGUCGACGACAAGUUCUCCGAGAAGGACUCCCUCUUGGAUGAUUCGGAUGACAACAGUUGAGACCAGUGAUCGAUUCAUCAAAUCCACCCGGGCAGACAAGAAAUGAAAUUAUGAAAAGAUGGAGGACAUUUCAGCUCCACUCAGGUUGGAUCCUCGAACCUCGGAGUCGUGGCUAGUUUUCUACCCUACCCACGCCACCGACAUUGUCGUGUAUUAUGUUGUUGAUGAACGAGCUAUUCGUGAGCUGUUGUUCUCGUGUUGACCUUAGACAAUGCCAAUACAAAACACAGGAUUACUAAGUGAACUAACUGGGCUUCAGAGCAGAAAUCAUUUAUGGAGAGAAUUUGUUUUAAUAUAGGUGGUUUAACCCCCCCCCCCUUCCAAGCCCCCAAAUCACCCAUCGAUACAAUUUAGAUCAUUCACGAGGCAGGCUUCUUUGCCUGUCAGGAGCAGCCCGAGUUGUGAAGGCACAACAGGAGAAAGACCGAGAUGAAGAUUGUCCCGACUCGGGGCUCCCACUCGUGUCUUCUGUGUGCAAGGGCAAGGCGUCUAACCACUGCACCAUAGAUGCUGGCAAUAGCCUAAUGAGAGUAUGUCUAUUUUUGGCAAACCUACCACAAUGUCAAACAAGCCAGUUGUAUUUUUAACAUGAUAUUUAUUGUAACGCUUGAUAAAAUGAUUCUUUUAAUGGAGAUAACUCAUGCGCUCCUUGGAUCCAAUUCGGUGUAUUUAAACUUUUCACAAGCGCCCAGACGUGGCCGUGGACUAAUUUAUUGACUUGUGAAAAGUCGACGAAAUGUGCAUGGGGAUUCCUCACAAUGAGAGAAUUCUUCACAAGGAUUGGCGAGGACACACGCGUCCGCGGAAUCUCUAACUAACUGACAUGAGAUUGUGAAGCCUGUGGAUGAAACUUUUGUAUUAUUUUUAAGUUAUUCUUACUCGUUUGUGAAGCUACCUCUACACCAUAUAAAGUUGUGGUGGAGAUUGUUUUUCUGUGAUAACUUUUGGGGAGAACGAUUAAGAGGAAGGCCCAUCCUUGAUUAAUUCAUUCGAAUGUUCUCCCGGUGGGGUUUUUUCAAACAUUACUAAAGACAGGCAUAUAUUGCGUAACGAUAUCUUCACAUUUCCUCUUCUAGAAUGUUCCAUUAGUAGUGGCUAAGAGGAUUUAAUUUUCACUUCUGACCUCAAGGAAACGUAUAACAUUCAAGAUAAUAUUAUGCCUCCUAAUUGGGGUACCUUUUAUAGAUCAAUAUCAUUCAUAAUAAUCUGAGACCAGUUCUGCUCAAUUUGAACGUGAAACCUGCGCUUUGCGCAACUGCAACUCCGAAUGAAUAAACACCAUCGUUUAUAAA